ACACGCCCAACCGGAAAUGUCACGAUUUCCCAGUUUUUCCCCCUCUUCUCAGCACCAACCGUACUACAGACAGGUCCCAAAUGGCAGCGAGGGGUCUCUGUGUACAACCCUGGACACAGACAACAGCUGUAUAGGAAUGAAGUCUGGACCUGCUGCCGGAGCAGACUGGGGCGGUUGUUGGUGACUGCGGACGAAGAGCGGAAGUUGUUGAACCGAGACGCUUGAAGUCGCCCGGACGGUUGAGCCCUCACUUACUGUAUUGGGAACCUACAGGAAAGACCCGCCUCGGAAUUUGCACCUGUGGUCUUAAAAAAAAACUAUUUUCGAACAGGUGCCAUGAGCAGUGAGCUGAACAUGCCCAUGGGGUCCCCUGCCCUGGGGGUCCCGGAGCAGGCCCCAGACGGCGGUGGAAUGGACUACAGGGACUGGGUCCGGCGCAGUUACCUGGAGCUGGUCAGCUCCAACCACCACUCGGCUCAGGCCCUGUCGUGGAGGAAGCUGUACCUGAGCCGUGCCAAGCUGAAGGCGUCCAGCCGGACAUCCGCACUGCUCUCCGGCUUCGCCAUGGUAGCCAUGGUGGAGGUCCAGCUGGAGGUGGACUACUGCUACCCCCGCGUUCUGCUCAUCGCCUUCAGCGUGUGCACCACUGUGCUGGUGGCCGUGCACCUCUUCGCCCUCCUCAUCAGCACCUGCAUCCUGCCCAACGUGGAGGCGGUCAGCAACAUCCACAACCUCAACUCGGUCAGCGAGUCCCCCCACGAGCGCAUGCACCACUACAUUGAGCUGGCGUGGGGCUUCUCCACGGCUCUGGGCAUCCUGCUGUUUCUGGCCGAGGUGGUGCUCCUCUGCUGGGUCAAGUUCCUGCCCGUGGACUCGGGCGGGGCUAAAAGCCGGACCUCCUGCAGCAACGGAGCGGCCGGCCCCGUCCCGUACAGCGGCUGGCAGGCGGCGCUGGCCUCCACCAUCAUCAUGGUGCCGGUGGGCGUCAUCUUCGUGGUCUUCACCGUUCACUUCUACCGCUCGCUGGUGCGCCACAAGACGGAGCGCCACCACCAGGAGAUCGAGGAGCUCCACAAGAUAAAGGUGCAGCUGGACGGCCACGAGAGGGGCCUCCAGAACGUGUGACGCCGCGAUGGCAGCUUCAGAAACAUCCCUUUGGGUUCGAAACUUUUCCAGCCAUCAGUCCUCUCUGGUCACUGUUAAUGCCUUGAACACAUAAGCGGUCACUUGGCAACCAACACAAGUCAGACCUGUAAUUUAUUCUAAAAGUAAGAAACGUGCAUCCGUGUUGGUCCAGUGUGAUGUUGAAAGGUUUACAGAAAAGGGCUAUUAAUGUUGAGUAUGUCUUGUUUUUCUUUGUCUUUUUGUUGAUGGUCAUGUGGGCUUCUUGAUCCGAUACCUUAUUUGCUGAUGUCUGUAUUUACUCUGAUGCUCAUUGGUCUCUGAAUCUUCAUACAUUUCAUUGGUAAGUGGCAGUGUAGAAGUUACUUUGUACAAGAGUGAAGGAUUUUAAGUUUUGACUGUUCCCAUCUGAUGAUUAGCUAAUUAGAUCUUUCUGUUAUGUCGUUAGGGUUCCCCUUUUUGAGCUGGUUUCUGUGCUCAGCCAAAGAUUGUCGGUAUCAAAAGGGCAACGCUCCCUCAAAGAUGGGACGUGCGUGUUAAGACAUGUGUAAUAAGUCAGUGGUGUUUGGCCAAAGUUGUUCACUGAAGAAAUUAGAUGUACUAAAGCUCCUCAAUUUCUGAGUGAAGCUGGAAUGAAUCUGCCCUCUUGGCCAAUGAUUACCUAUGAAUGGGUUCCAUCGGAGAUUUAACAUUAGCUUAAGCAGAUUUUAGACUUUUAGAUUUGAUACUAAGUUUAUAGUUCACACUCGACAUAAAACCGAGUUAAGCCAUAAAAAAACUAAGGGUCCUCCAGUGUGUUCCGACUUCCUACUGUCCUUUAAAAAGAAGUCCUUAUAAGUCUUAAACCUCCAUCCUAAAUCAUUCUUGUAGAAGAUUUUUGAGUUCUUUUGUCCUUUUUAAAAAAAAGUUAUUGGGUCUAGAAUCUCACAAAGGUUCAAACGUUGCCUCUUUCCUUCUGUAAACUGUCUGUUACAAUGACCAUGGAGCCCGUUUUAGUACCGAUGCUGCUUAAAGUGCUUAAAUAUUUGAAUGAGUUACUGUCCACUUUAAAGCCUGCCUUAUAUAAAUGUUGCCUUUUAUGAGCUGCUGUUUUGCUAAAGGUCAUAGCACAAUAACUUCUGCUAAGUGCUCAAACGUCGCAUCCCAUCAAGGGCUGCAGGAAGUGUCCAACAGAAGACUCUGACCCAUGGCCUUUAGUCUAUUCACAACAUAUUAGAGAUAUUUUAGUAUUUGUGGGUUCUUCAGAAAAAUGCAUAGUUAUGCAUGUGUUUUUUUCGUUUUUUUCUAAGGGAUACGUUACCAAUAUUUUUACCACAUUCCAAACAACACGACAGACCAAAGUUUUGCGCAGUUUUUUUUCUUUUCACAGAAAAGACAAAGUGCACUUGUAGCUUACUUGUACAGUGAAUGAAUUCCUCUCAGAGGGGUUGUUUUGCUUUUGUUUUACUGUCUGUGGAUUUGUGCCGAGGUCCUAUGUUUGAGGAUACAAUUCACUUCCCGCUAUGGACUCCCAUAAUAAAGUUUUAACUAUAUAGA